GGGCCGGACCGCACCGGACGGGACGGAAUGGGAUGGGAUAGGAUGAUGGACGGGACCCGCGAAUCCGCGCUCCCGGCCCCGCUCCCCGCCGCCUUCCUGCGGGCCGGUAGUCAUUGAGCUCACCAGGGACCGACCGUGUCCGUGACUGACCUGGAUGAAAGGAUGGAAGGACCCUGAGCGGGUCUGGUGCUGGUACAAAACGUGGCUGAUCCAUCCGAAGGCUGUGCUGCCGUCCAGCAGGGCCUCCAUCGGCUGGGGCAAAGAAAAACGUGCAGCCAUGGUGUCCAGAAAGCAGCUGGCAGACUUUGGCUACAAGGCCUUCUCAGGCUCCAUGAUGCUGCUGACGGUGUACGCCGGUUACCUGUGCAGUGUGCGUGUGCAGAGAAUGCUCCAGCACCGCCGCCAGCGAGAGAGCACGCCUGGGGCUGAGAGCUGAGCCUGUCCUGGGGCUGGGGCUGAGCCUGUCCUGGGGCUGAGAGCUGAGCCUGUCCUGGGGCUGGGGCUGAGCCUGUCCUGGGGCUCGGGCUGACAGCUGGGUCCAGCCCCAGGAGCUGAGCCUGUGCUUGGAGCCCCCAGCCCCACCUUCCUGCUGCCCCCUGGCCUGGGGAGGCAGAUGGAGUGCAAUAAAACCCAUGUUAAAGUUG